CAGAUAACUGAAGCUAGACUCCAUGUUACACUUACUAAAAUGGGAUUCCUAGGUUGAUAUAAACUACCUUUUUCUGGGGAGUAUAUACUACGAGUUGGACUACUGUUUAGAUCUUGAAGGUCUUUGUUUACCGGAUCCAAGUUCUCUUGUGCUUUUCAUGACCAUCAUGUUAAGUGCAUUAAGUAUAGUGGUAUCCAGCGUAUAUUUGAAAAACCAACAUUUGUAUACAAGCUGUACGAAUAUCAUGACAUUCACUUUGGUAGUCGCCUUCUUAAUGUUAGUCUGUACGGAAUACUUAGGACUAUCUCUUUAUAUUAAUGAUAAUGCAUUUGGUAAUGGACUUUUCAUCUUAACUGGUAUACAUUUUAGCCAUGUUAUUGUUGGAGCUAUCCUUGUAUUCUUCACUCAAAGUAUCUAUAGUUCUUUAGUUACUUACAUGCCUACAAGCUCUAUAAUGCUAAGCAAAUCUAAAGGUAUGUUAUGCAAGAUCUUUACAGAACCAUUCACUAUUUUAUAUCUACACUUUGUAGAAACCAUGUGGAUAUUAAUCCACAUUACAUUCUAUCUCUAA